AAAAAAAUUUGCUGCAAACAAGCUCUGGUUUCUUCCUCUUUCCUUUUACACAAAUACACAAUGGAGAACUCUGAAGGCCAAGUCAUCGAUCUUUACAUUCCUCGCAAGUGCUCUGCCACCAACCGUCUUAUCACUGCCAAGGACCACGCCUCUGUCCAAAUCAACAUUGCUGAUGUUGAUGCUGAAGGUCGUGCCCAAAACACCUUCUCCACCUAUGCUUUCUGUGGUUUCCUCCGUAAGGAAGCUGAAUCUGACGAUGCCCUUAACCGUCUCUCCCAAGAAGAUGGCUACUUGAAGAACGUCUUCUCUUACCAACAAUAAAUUCAUAAGAGCAUGUCUCUUGUCGUUGUGUGUAGUUUUUAUUGAUUUAAUAAAAAUGCAAGGUACAAUUA